CACACACCAAUAUCUGCACCGAGCCAAAGUCCCUCGCAGGUCCUAUUUAACGAAGCUCACACGCCAAUUAAAGUUUGAACUUCCCCUCAAAGCCCUCGCGCUGAUUGUGCCGACAAAAAGCUAAGCUAAGCAGUUUAUGGACUCCAUCAAUUCUUUCAAGGGAUAUGGUAAAGUAGACGAGGUCGAGCAGCAAGCCUUCCGGCGAAAGACACGUAAGCGUUUGAUCAUUGUCGUUGUCUCCUCCGUUGUUCUUUUAGCUGUGAUCAUCGGUGCUGUUAUAGGAGUUGUUGUGCACAACCGAAACAACAACUCUUCGUCCAACCCGGUCCCUCCUCCCGAGUUGACUCCAGCCGCUUCACUCAAGGCUGUUUGCAGUGUGACCCGGUACCCAACCUCAUGCUUCUCCAGCAUCUCUGCCCUUGAAACAGGUAACACUACGGACCCAGAGGUGUUUUUCAAGCUCUCAUUACGUGUUGCAAUGAAUGAGCUCUCCAGGCUCAAAGACUACCCAGAUAAGCUCAUACAGAGCAUUGAUGACGCUACCCUUCAAGAUGCUUUGAAAGUCUGUGCCACCGUGUUUGAUGAUGCUGUAGAUAGACUCAAUGACUCCAUAUCAUCGAUGGCUGUCGGUGAAGGUGGAAAGAUUUUAUCAACAGCUAAGAUGGAUGACUUGAAGACUUGGAUCAGCACUACAAUUACUGACCAAGAAACAUGUUUAGAUGCGUUGCAAGAGUUGAACGUUACCAAGCAUUUUAACCAGACACUUGUUGAUCAUGUCAAGGCAGAAAUGGAGAACUCUACCGAGUUUGUUAGCAAUAGUUUGGCUAUUGUUGCAAAAAUCCUGGGUUUGCUUUCUGAUUUCAACAUCCCAAUUCAUAGAAGGUUACUUGGAUUUGAAAGAUCCCAUAAUUCAGGGUUUCCACAUUGGGUUGGUUUAGGAGAUAGAAGACUACUUCAGAUGUCCACUCCGAAGCCGGAUGUCACGGUGGCGAAAGACGAUAGCGGGGACUGCACGACCUUACGUGAGGCAGUAGGAAAAAUUCCAAAAAAAAGUAAAUCAAGAUUCAUCAUAUAUGUUAAGGAAGGUGAAUAUUUGGAGAAUGUGAUUUUGGAUAAAAGUAAGUGGAAUGUAAUGAUCUAUGGUGAUGGGAAGGACAAGACUAUUAUUUCAGGCAGUCUGAAUUUUGUUGAUGGAACUCCCACCUUCUCUACUGCCAGUUUCGCUGUUGCGGGCAAGGGCUUCUUCGCCAGAGAUAUCAAGUUCAUUAACACGGCCGGGGCAGAAAAGCACCAAGCAGUGGCCUUCAGGUCCGGCUCGGACAUCUCAGUACUUUUCCGGUGUGCAUUUGAUGGAUUUCAGGACACACUCUAUGCUCACUCAAAUCGACAAUUCUACCGUGACUGUGACAUUACCGGCACCAUUGACUUCAUGUUCGGCAAUGCCGCAGUCGUGUUCCAAAAUUGCAACAUCAAGCCCAGGCAACCGUUACCUAACCAAUUCAACACCAUCACAGCUCAGGGAAAGAAGGAUCCUAAUCAAAACACUGGCAUUUCAAUUCAGAAUUGUAAAUUUUCUGCAUCGGGUAAUGUUACAGCUCCAACUUACCUUGGUAGGCCUUGGAAAGAUUAUUCCACUACUGUCAUUAUGCAGUCCGAUAUUUGGCCGUUCUUGAGACCAUCAGGUUGGAUGUCAUGGGUCAGUGGUGUGGAUCCACCUGCCACUAUAUUUUAUGCAGAGUAUCAGAAUACUGGGCCUGGUGCUAGAGUGGAUGGAAGGGUCAAAUGGGCCGGUUACAAGCCAGCUCUUACAUUAGAUGAGGCAGGGAAAUUUACAGUGGACUCUUUCAUCCAAGGAAGCGAGUGGCUGCCGGCAACCACUGUGACAUUUCAAUCAACCCUGUGAUUUUAAAGUGUAAGGAGUAGUUGUUUGGUAAUUCAUACAAACCAUCCAUUCAAAAAAAAUCUUUUAAAUUUUUAUUUAGAAGAGAAGAAUUGCUAUGCUUAAAAUAUUAGUUUUAAUUUUAUGUUUUUAUAA